AGCCAAGUUAACCAAGAUGUUGUAUUGCACAUUUUGAUUGUUCAGAGACAGAGAAAAUCAGAUGAAGUAACAGGGAGGACUGGGGAGGCUGAUGGUUUGGGAGGCAUUCCAGCUACACAGCCUCCCCUCACCACACCCCUAGAAAGAAGACAUAUUCCUCUACAACUGAGCAUGACACUGGAGUAAAUUGUGGGCCAGCUGGGUGUGCUUACACAGUCUUUUGUUGUGGAAACAUUUCUGAACAAGGAAUUAUUUUAGAAACCAAGAGCCCUGGGGUUGGGGACGGGGGAUACACUCCUGUUAAUGACCCCAUCACGCUGUUAUUCAUCGGGGAGAAUACUAGGGGUUGAAGGGGACCCAUGUUAGGGAGAAAGGAGCGAAAGGGUGUGGCCUGAUGAAAAGUUUACACCUAUCAGCUAUUAAUCAAUAUCCAUUUUAAAACACCCUUCCUUUAGCCUGGAUCAGAGGCCGGGGGUGGGGGGGGGGGGGGGGGAGGUAAAAGAUGGUGGGGAAGCACUAUAGUUGCUCUUUCUCUCUUCCCCCUCCCCCUAGAAAAAGGAAUACCUGGUCGCGAGAUGAGGUUCUUUUCUGAAUCAGCAAUUGGCUAUCAAGUCCAUGGCUCCCGUCGGGAAAAAGGUCAUGAACAGUCUUAUAUGAGUUUUUUGUUGUACAGAGACGAGUCAAAGAUUUCGUGCAACGUGGAGAUUUAUUAGCUUACGCCUAAACUCAAUGAUAUUUGAGUUUUUUACGAUAUUUUUUGGUGUAGGGGAGAGAUUGUCAUAUUCAUUGAGCCACUUUUUUGUUUGGAACAAAGUCUGACUAGGACUGAGAAUAAACUACGAGAGUGCCUGGAUAACCAACAGAGAAUAACUCUACAGAUCAGACCUAACGAGUAGUGCAAUACAGCAUCAGUAUCUAGAGACUCAAUCAUUAGUCAUGUUCAGAAUUAUUUUAAGACUAAUUUUUGUAUGGUAAUAUUGUAAACUAUAAAAGAAAUUUUCAAUUGAGUGUCGAAAGUAGUCAUGGAGAUAGUCAUGGGUAUUAGUUUACCUUGACUGUAGUCUGUUAUUGGUUUAGAGAGCCUAUGCUGCCCUCUUGACCAAUCAAGUACGUGCCUCAUCAUGAUCGAGUGUUGGAAUAGGGCCAUUCGUAUAUUUCCAGCGCUUCAGGCUCUUUGCUAGUUUUUCUUUUGAGUUAUCUCUGGCCUUUUGCUAUAUUUCCUUUUGUAGAGCAGUUUCCAACUGAGUAUCGAAAGUGAUGCUGUAUUGCUUUGGUUCUGCUUUACUUCUUUGUGUGGUUGGUCCACAGAAACUCAGAAAGACUCGCGUCACAAUCUUAACCAAUCAUAUGUAAAACUAAGACCAAACACGACCUGA